AUGGUGAAGGAUUCUGAUGCUUCUGAGACCAUGAAGAUGAUGAAGAUGGUAGCCACGUAUGAUUUCUUCAUUGAAUCUAUGAUUUACCAGACUGGUCACCUGCUUCAAAAUAUGGAAGUCAUGGACUAUGGACUUAAGUUUAAGCAAUACUUCAAGCCAAAUAAGAAACAAGAACAGACAUGUACUGAUAAGAAUGUGCAUGAGAAUGAGAACGAGAACGAGAAUGCAGAUGUUAUUGGUAAUGGGGAAGAACCAAAUCUCAGAGUGAAUGAGGAAGAAAGAAUUAUUACUGAAGAUGAUCAACAAGAUGCAGAUAAUAGUGGUAGCAUAGAAGAACCAGAUCUCAUAAUGAAUGAGGAAGAAAUAAACAUUGCUGAAGAUGAUCAACAAGAUGCAGAUUAUAGUGGUAGUAUGGAAGAACGAGAUCUCACAAUGAAUGAGGAAGAAAUAAUUGUUGCCGAACAUGAUCAACAAGAUUCAACUUCAACAUUUGAUUUACCAUUUGAUGUUGAUGAUCUAGGAAAUUGGGAGAAGAUAAAACAAAAUCAAAAUCACAACAAGACUUUGUUGGGUCAAUUUGCUAAUGAAGGAUUGAAUGAUUGGAAAAAUGUGAGUGCCAGACUUGCUAGUCAUGAAAAAAGUAAGCAUCACGUCGAUUGUUUUACUAGUUGGAUUGAACUUGAAACAAGAUUGAAAAAUAAUGCAACAAUUGAUCAAGGUUUGGAGGAACAAACAAAGAAGGAGAGAGAGCAUUGGAGACAAGUACUGUUCAGAAUCAUGGCCGUUGUGAAAAGACUUGCAAAAAACAAUCUGGCAUUUCGUGGGAGCAAUGAGAAAUUGUGUGAGGAGAACAAUGGUGUUUUCUUACAAGUGAUUGAGAUGAUCGCUGAGUUUGAUCUAGUGAUGCAUGAACAGGUUCGGCGUGUUUUUAAAAAAGAAACUCAUUACCAUUACUUGAGUCAUAAGAUCCAGAAUGAAAUGAUUCAGCUUCUAGCAAAUGAGGUAAAAGCUUCCAUAGUUGCAAAAAUCAAAGAGGCAAAGUACUUUUCAGUUAUACUUGAUUGCACUCCAGAUGCGAGCCAUGAGGAACAAAUGUCUCUUGUUGGCCGGUGUGUUGAUGUUACAACAAGUCCUAUUGUGGUGAAAGAAUUCUUUUUGGGAUUUUUAAAGGUGGAUGAUACAUCAAGACUAGGAUUGUUUAACGAGCUUAAAAAUGCACUCGACACUCAUGCACUUAAUAUUGGUGAUGUACGAGGACAAGGAUAUGACAACGGAUCUAACAUGAGAGGAAAACACAAAGGUGUGCAGAAGAGACUCCUUGAGGUAAAUCCUAGAGCAUUUUAUACGCCUUGUGGUUAUCACAGUCUAAAUCUUGCUAUUUGUGAUAUGGCUAAUUGUACUCCUAAAGCUGAUUAUUUUUUUGGAGUGGUACAACGGAUAUAUUCAUUCUUCUCAUCUUCUACAAAGCGAUGGCAAGGUUUCAGGGAUCAUGUGGAAGGGCUCACUCUUAAACCAUUGUCUGAAACAAGAUGGGAGAGUCGUGUUGACAGUAUAAAAACAUUUAGAUUCCAAGCUCCCAAAAUGAGAGAGGCUUUAGCUUACUUGGGAAAAAAUGGUGUUGAUUCCAAAACAAGGUGUGAAGCCGAAUGCAUGGCAACAUAUGAAAUGGGGAAUUUUGAGUUCUUGUUCGGGAUGGUUAUUUGGUAUGAUUUAUUACAUGCUAUCAAUAUUGUCAGUAAAGUUCUGCAAACCGAAGACAUGCAUAUUGAUGUUGCCAUUGAAGAAUUGGAGAAGCUUAUUUCAUUUAUCCAGAAGUACAGAGAAACUGGAUUUAAUGAUGCCUUGAUCAUAGCUAAAGAAAUUGCAACUUUGGAAUCAUUUAAGGUCAGUUACUUUCUCUAUAUAAUUGAUCAAGCACUUUCUUCGCUUCAAAGUAGGUUUGAGCAAUUUAAAAAAUAUGAAGAAGAGUUUGGAUUUUUAUUUAAGUUGGAGAAGUUGAAGUCCGCUGAUAAUAAAAGUUUGAUGAAUUAUUGUAUGAAACUUGAAAGUUUGUUGAAGGUUGGUGAUGAUUCUGACAUUAUUGGGCGUGAUCUAUUUUAUGAGUUGCGCUACUUGAAAGGAGCUAUACCAAAAGAGGCAAAAAGAGCGAUUGAUGUAUUGAACUAUUUGAAGCAAAGGGAUGAAUGUUAUCCAAAUGCAUGGGUUGCUUAUAGAAUUCUAUUAACCAUACCGGUUACUAUUGCCUCUGCUGAAAGAAGCUUUUCAAAAUUAAAGUUGAUCAAAUCUUAUCUUCGAUCAACUAUGUCACAGGAAAGAUUGAAUGGUUUAGCUUUGUUGUCGAUUGAAAAAGAGUUGGCUCAAAAGCUUGAUCAUUCAAGCUUAAUUGAAACUUUUGCAGCCAAGAAUGCAAGAAAGGUUGUUUUUCAGUAG